GGUAUUUCCCGCUGAAUGUUGCGUAGCAACAAAACGAGGAAGUAGAAGGAAAACCAACAACAAAGACUACAGCGCUUCCGGAGCCAAAGAAGAGUGUCUUAUACGAGAAUUUUAGAGUUUUUUAUUAUAAAGAAUGAAGCGGUUGCUCCCUGACGCUGAGGAUUAUGGGAACUGGAAACUAAAGUUAUCCCAGUCUGAACUCCAGGCAAUGGUCGAGCAGGAAGUGCAGAAGGCAGUCAGAGUGAGGAACUCCAGGCUGCAGUUUUUAACAGAAACCAUUCAACAACUUCAACAUGACAUAGAUUAUGAGAGCGCCAUACAAAAACUCGAGGCACGUAUUGACACUAUUACGAAGAGAUCAAAAGCAGCACUCGCCGCCAAGAAGUCGUCAAAAAAGAGUACUUCUUUAAACGAAGGAGAAAUUAUCAACUUAGACUCUGACGAUGACAGCAUGCCGGAAGAAAUUAAGGAGCAGAAAACAGAGAAAAACUGUCUGAUAGAAAUCAUGGAAACCACCAAGUUGUCUUUACAGAGGAUGCAAACAGAGAAUCAAGCCAUAAUGAAAGCCAUGGCAGACUUAAGUAAGACGACUCCUGUGAGUCAGCAAACCAAAGCACAAUCUGUCUCGUAUUCCGAAAUAACCAGCGCCCCGCGUGUAUUCUCACAUCAGGACGAUCCUCCGUAUCCGACCCUGCCGUUGAAUCCUUUCCCCUCCGUCCUGAACAUGGAGGCUGCGUCCUACAACAUCCCCGAAAAAGUGAGUGUCCACUUGGCUCUCAUCAAGCAGCCUCCCAGCCUGUCGGUGAUGUGGAAUGGGGAUGAGAAGGAAACCUCACUGCCACAGAUGGAGAGCUACAGUAUCCUGCUGACGAUGGAAAAAGUCAAGGGAAGCAGAGUCUUCCCAGCUUGGAGAACGUUGGGCACGGUGGCUGCGAAACCUCUGCCCAUGUGCGUGUCCAUCACCAAAUACAACGCAGGGCACAAGCUGUGUGUUGCUGUGGUGGGAAAAGACAUUUAUGGCCGCUACGGACCCUACAGCGAUGUGGUAUCUGCAGUCACACCUGACUAGGACCAGAACCAGAGAGGUUAAAAACCAUAUUUAUAAUGUUGUAAACAGGUUUUUUUUAUGUUACAACUAUGAAUAUACUCCAUUUAUAAAUCAGGAAUCCUACUUGUUGGAACCAAUUAACUGCAAUAAAUGUACAUUAAUGUAUUUCUGCACUUUGAAAUGCCUCUGUGACUAUACUACAGUAUUUGUAUAUUAUUUUUAUUGUGUAUGUCUGGUAGACAUACAAUGUUAUUUUCGGAUGAUUUUUUAACAAUAAAUGUCAUGUACA